AGGCACCCUUUAAAAUUAUGGACAGUCCCGAGGCACCCUUUAAAAUUAUGGACAAUCUUGAGGCACCCCAUUCUAAAGUAGGGUGCCUCAAGACUGUACAUAAUUUUAAAAGGGCACCCCAUUCUUAAAUUAACCUACAGUAGGCAACCUGCCUACAACACUAGUCAAACCAUAUCUUUAAGCAACUGGCUUAGUACACAGGGUCUCAGUCAUGCUGAAAAAAAAGAGCCUUCCCCGUAUUUUGAAGGUUUUAAAGCUCAAAAACUGCCUAAAGUAUCUUUGUAUGCUGUAUCAUGAACAGUACCCUUCACUGGAAACACCUGAACUCUAUAAUUUAGAGGGGUUUCCACAUAAUUUUGGUCAUAUAGUACAGUGUUUCUCAACCUUUUUGCAGUCAAGGCACCCUUUAAAAUUAAGGACAGUCCCGAGGCACCCUUUAAAAUUAUGGACAGUCUUCAAGAACCCCAUUCUAAAAUGG